ACUAUAUCCGGGCGGAGUUCACAAGAAAAUGCUUCCUGCCAUGAUGCCGUGCCUAAAGCAGAAGCAGAAACAUAAUCAGAAAAGGAGGCAGAGGGGGAGGAGGAGAUACCGACCACAGCUAAGCCAUGGUAACUACCGGCACCACCAUCUCUCAGCGCCGACGCACACCACCACCACACCAACCUCCCCCAUCAACCCCCCAGCACCGACGCACACCAUCCAUCAUCACAACCAACGACAACCCAGCACCAACCAGCCGCCCGGGCCUACCGCUUCACUUCGGCUAUGACGCUCUGCGCCUUAACAGCUGCGCGUCUUAGCGAAGCUGCAAAGCAUUUACUAUGUUCUUCUGAAACCAGGAGAAGGGUUAUAGGCACGCAUGCAAGACCGGCUGCCUGCCCCGCCCUGUGUGAGCUCCGCUGCUUGCGCUGGCUGUUGGGGUGUUGGGGUCUACAUACGUGGGUUUGGGUGUGUGGGCUUGAGAUAAGUGGGUGGGUAGGUGGGUGUGUAGGUGGAGGGUUUGGUAGGUGGACACUGUCACAACACCACCCACCCAGGCUAAGCAAAACAACAAACGAACAAACUCAUCACAACAACCAAAGCAGCACAACAAACAGCCGCCCUCAUCACCAUUGCCUUUCUACGACGCGCAUACCUAAGGCACCUAGGCAUCAAGACCAGCCUCUAGCAUUUUCGCCUGCCCAUCCACCUGCCCCAAAACACGGUACGCACACCCACGAAGCGCAAAGCGCAAAGCAAAGCGUGAACUGUGCGUGCGGUUGCGACGAGCUUGUUUGUUUGCUUGUUUGGUUGUGCGUAAAGAGCCCGAAGGAAAGGCAUGGAAAUGGAAGGAACUGGAAGGAAAUGAAAGGAGAGGAAAGGCAAGGAAACGGAAGGAAAAGAAACGUGCUAAGAACGCCAUUCGCCGUCGUGCUGGUUCCGUGCGGAGUGCUGCUGCGCCGCUUCGUGGUUUUGUGUGCUGCGAGGUGGGAUGCGCGAACGGCUUGCUGUGCGCUGCGAGGGUUUGCUGCGUUUCGAUAUGCUCAGCUACGCUUCGAUGGGCUCAGCUACGCUUCGAUGGGCUCAGCUACGCUUCGAUGGGCUCAGCUACGCUUCGCUGCGCAACCGCCACGCUUUUGCCAUGCCAUAUCAGCCAUGCCCGACCAUGUAUACACCGAUCCAUCCAUCAUGAAAAUCGUCCCUCGUCCCACCGUGCGUAAAGCGUGAAGCAGUACCAUCUCAACCGACGUGCCCCAGGCUCAAACAGCAGCAGCCGCCGCAGAAGCGC